AGGGUGGGGACAGUGCGCAGGCGCGAACGGCGACGCGGCUGGCGCGGGCAUGACGUUACGGCGAGCGACGUAGGCGCCGGAGCAGGCGCCGCGGUGGAAGGGGAGAAGGUCCGGGGGCGGAGGGUCGUCGUGCACCAUGUUCGGCUCCAGCCGGGGCGGCGUGCGCGGGGGACAGGACCAGUUCAGCUGGGAGGACGUGAAGACCGACAAGCAGAGGGAGAACUACUUGGGCAACUCGCUGAUGGCCCCGGUGGGCCGCUGGCAGAAGGGCCGCGACCUCACCUGGUACGCCAAGGGCCGGGCGGACGGCGCGGGACUGAGCCGGGAGGAGGAGCUAGCGGCCGUGAGGCAGGCGGAGCAGGAGGCGCUCAUGGCGGCGUUAGGCUACAAAAACGUGAGGAAGCAGCCCACCGGCCUGAGCAAGGAGGACUUUGUGGAGGUCUGCAAGCGGGAAGGUGGUGACCCCGAAGAGAAGGGAGUAGACCGGCUCCUGGGCCUGGGGAGCUCGAGUGGCUCCGCAGGCCGAGUGGUGUUGUCCCGAGAAGACAAGGAGGCGGCUAAGCUGGGGCUCUCCGUGUUCACGCUUCUUGGCCUAGGACACCGGGUCUGGUUCUCCCUGGGGAAUCUUGCACGCCUCCAAGAGUGGCUCCCUCGGCAGCACCACCGCAUGGAGAGCAGUCGCCCAGGGGCCUCGCCGUCCCGGAAGAAGCCCCGGCUGGAGGAGAAGGCGAAGGCAGAGCUGGGCUCUGAGAGCCACAAGAAGAGCAGAAAAAAGAAGAAGAAGAAGAAGAAGCAUAAGAAAGAGAAGAGAGAAAGGGAGCGCAGGACGGGGGCAGCUUCCUCACUGUCCGCGGCUCAUGCCCGGCACCUCCUGCCCUGGUCCCAUGCCGCCCUAAUUGCCUGCUGAGUCCGCUCUGCUGCUCCCAGGUUGGGUGGAGUUCCAGGUGCCCCCCCCAGCUCUUCUGCCAGGAGGUGUGUUUUAGCCAUUCACCACCCCAUUCACAGAAGAAAUAAAAACUUAAAUCUUACAUCUGCAUCGGAGUAAAGACAAAACCCAAGUUGGAUUCACUUAUGAAAUAUAUUCAAUUUUGCUUCUGAUUUUUAAAGAAAUAAAAACUAAAAAUGAUUGUCUUUAGAGCCUCAGCCCUGAUUCUCAACCUGUGACCGUUAUCUCAGGCUGGGCAGGGCAGAGGGUCCCAUGUGGCUGGAUGCCUCUGGGGAAGUACACCUGGACCUUGGCUUGGCUGCGGAGCAAGGGUGUCCAGAAGGGCUCUAGAUCGCAGGGACGGCCCCUAGGGAGCAGAUAGGGGGCCCACAGCACCCACUGGGCACAGGUGUGCACCAUGGCAAAGGCUCCCCAGGCAAGGACAUGGAGCUAGGCCAGGGGUUCCCAUCCUCCUGGGGGGUGCACACAACCCCAGGGCACACCCCACUUGGGUACCCUGCUAGUCCUCAAGACCUGGCAUGGCCAAGAUUGGACCAGGACUGGGGACUGGGCUGCCAGCAGGGUGAGACCCAUGAGGGUCACAAGGGCGCUGGACACACCCACCCACAGCUGCCACAGUGAGGGUGGAGUGGGGAGGGUCAGAGAAGGAAUGGGGUGGAUCCGGGGUUGGCUAAACUCCCUAAGUUUGUCCCGGCCUACAUCCCAGGAGACAGCCUUUGGUCAGCAGCACCCAAGCACUGGAAAGCCAUGAAAUAGUUAAGAGAUUUUAUUCUAAUAGCUAUAAUUACAGUGCUUGUUUGUCGAAAUGAAAACUGAAAACAAGUAUACAAAACAGUUGAUUACUAAUUGUGUAUUGAAAGCAGUAAGAGGUUCCACGACACCAGAUAAACCAGUUUUGAGGUUUUCCCCAAGAUAAAGUUUAACAGCUCCAGCUUCUUCAGUGUUUAUCAAAAUACAAAAGAAAAAAAGUAGAGGUUGUCGUUUUUGAUGGCAAAUCUGACCCUUGCAGGCUGAGGGAGUGAAAGCACAUGUGGACGGGGGCUCCAAGGGGCUGGACUCUAGGAUGACCCACCACCCAUCUGCCUGUGCUCCUGCUGGUGAGACCCAGACACCCUGGAGUGAGCAAACAUGCGUGGGGACCACAAGGCUCCCGCUCUGGCCACAGUGGUCCCACCAAAGCACCCAUGCUGACCCAAGGGAAAUCUGGGGUCCCUCCGAGGGGUCUGAGCAGUGGCCACAGCCCCCAGCCCAUCCCCUGGGUGGUGGUGUAAGCACAAGUACAAGCACAAACGCUAUGGGAUGCAGGAUGACCCAGCCAAUCACGGGAACCGUAUGUGACCAUGUAGAACAUAUCGUGGCUGGCUCUGCCCGCCACAUGCUCCAGAUAGAA